AUGUGUGUCCUGAGCGGAGAGUAUUUCCAGCCCCCCCCCCCCCGAUCCACUGUGUGUGCCUUUCCCUCAACCUUUGGUGGAGGGAUUGUCUGCCUCCAAAGACAACAGAGAAAGGGCCACCCGUCUGAGGCCUUUUCUCACCUCUCUGAAACCACACAAGCACCACGGCCGGCCUUGCAUGGGUGCAAAGGGCAAGGAGGAAGUGGAAGGAAUUGUUCCAGCUGCGAAUGGCUGUGUCAGAUCAGAGCCAGGAGGACAAGGCAGUCCAGCCUUCCACCUCCUUUGCCAUUUUGUGUUUUUUUCCCCAGGAACGUGAUCCUCCAGUUUCUCGAUCUGGGCUUGGCUCUCGGCUUACUCCCCUGGGAAGGCUGCAAAAGGGAUGUGUGGCAGGAGCUCUUUCCGCUCUUGCCUUCUGUUCAGGUGGUGCUGGGCACCACAGCAGUUGCCUCCCGUGUCUUGUCCUAUAUUAAAUAA